AUGGGGGCAAACAAAAGAAACUGUGGGGAAGCUUUCGUGAGGGGGAAGGUGGACUGGAGGGGAAAUCCGGCGAAGAGAGGAGUUCAUGGAGGAAUCAUCUCAGCCAUCCUGCCAACCGCGACGUUUGGGAUGGAGAAUCUGGCAAGCUUGUCUCUUGCGAUGAAUCUGAUAAGUUAUAUGAUCUUUGUGAUGCAUUAUGAUAUCGCCGACGCUUCGAAUAUCGUCACCAAUUUCACCGGCACCGGAUACAUGCUCUCUGUUCUCAUAGCUAUUUUCUCCGACUCUUUCAUCAACAGAUAUAUAGUUGUUUGCUUGGCUCUCAUCAUCGAAUCCUUGGGCAUAGGGCUGCUAAUGAUCCAAGCACACCACCCAAACCUCCUUCCUCCUCCCUGCAACAUCUUCGCCCCAGCUUCGUACUGCGUCAAACUCCACGGCAAGAACGCGGCCAUCAUGUUCGCGGGGCUCUACCUCACGGCAUUCGGCUCCGCCGGCGUGAAAGCGGCGGUGCCGCCGCACUGCGCGGAUCAGUUCGACGAGAAGAACCCGAGGGAGGCGAGGCACAUUUCCAGCUUCUUCAACUGGCUGCUGCUCAGCCUCUGUCUCGGCGGAACAAUCAGCCUCACCGUCGUCGUCUGGAUCAUGGACGAGAAGAGCUUCGCAUUGGGCUUCGCCGUCUGCGUCCUCGCCCUUCUUCUUGCUCUGUUCAUCUUCGUGUGUGGGAUUCCGAGGUACAGAAUUCCGGUCAUCCAGCAGGAUAACGCUUUCCUUGAGAUCUUUCAGGUGUUCAUAGCAGCAAUAAGGAAUUGCAGGCUAAAACUCCCUGAAGAUCCGAGAGAGCUCUAUGAGAUUGAGAGGCAGGAGAGUCAGCCUGAAGGAGUUGAAUUUCUGCCUCAUCGAGAUCUCUUCAGGCUCCUCGACAAAGCAGCAAUCAAAACAACCAACAGGCCCAACGAAACCCUAAACAAAUGGAAACAAUGUCGUGUAACCCAAGUCGAAAUCGCCAAGAUGAUCGUCUCCUUAAUCCCCAUAUUCUGCAGCACCAUCAUCAUGAGCACCUGCCUCGCCCAGCUCCAGACCUUCUCCAUUCACCAAGGCACCACCAUGGCCACCCUCAUCGGCCACCUCCACAUCCCCCCGGCCAGCAUCCCCAUCAUCCCCAUGCUCUUCAUGCUCAUCCUCAUCCCCGUCUACGACCGCCUCCUCGUCCCCUUUGCCCGCCGUCUCACCGGCAUCCCCACCGGCAUAACCCACUUCCAACGCAUCGGCGUCGGCCUCAUCCUCGCUUGCCUUUCAAUGGCCACCGCCGCGCUCGUCGAGCGCAAGCGCAAGCGCGUUGCCGAGACGCACGGCAUGCUCGACGCCAUCCCGCAGCUGCAGCCGCUGCCCAUAUCCAUAUUCUGGCUCAGCUUCCAGUACUUCAUCUUCGGCAUGGCGGAUAUCUGCACCUACGUCGGUUUGCUUGAGUUUUUCUACACGGAGGCGCCGAAAGCUCUCAAGACCUUCGCUUCCUCGUUUCUCUGGUGCUCGCUUUCGUUGGGGUAUUUCUUCAGCACCAUUUUGGUGCAUGUCGUUAAUGAUAACAGGGGGGGAGGAGGGUGUGGGGGGUGGUUGGUGGGGGAUAACAUUAACAGAGCUCAUUUGGAUCUGUUCUAUUGGUUGCUGGCAGUGUUGUGUUUCUGCAGUUUUUUCGUCUAUUUGUUCUUCGCGAAUUGGUACAAGUACAGGCCUCGAGCGGUGCCAGAAGAGAAGGUGGGGGUAGCGGUUAAUGAGAUUUUGAGCAUAGAUUUUGGUUGUUCCCAUUUAUAUGCACUUCGGAAAAGAUUUUUUGUUCUUCCUGUUCCAUUGCAAUGUCAAUUUGCGUUGGAACAUGUUUCUGUGCAAAUUGUAGCUUUUGAGUAUGUUUUUGGUUUUCCUGUUGUUGUGCACUUCGAACAAAUGGUGCAUAUUGUGGUUGCAACAAUGACAUUACAUAAUUUCAUCCGAAAACAUUCCUCACAAUCAGAUACAGACUUCAGUAUGGCUGACAAUGAUGAACUGAAUGUUUUCGAGCAACCUCCAGGAAUUGUGGGUGGGCAUUCAUUACCUGAGAAUGAUAUAGACUCUAAUGAAUUUGGAGAUUAUGAUGGUGAAGGGUUGGCUGAUAUGAUUGUUUUAAGGGAGUCUAUCACAAAUGCUAUAUGUGAUAUCAGUUACAAACAGAGGUAUUUUGUGUUAUUGUGGACUACCGUCUCCGUUGCUCACGUCACGUCAGUCACGUCAGACGUCAGUCUCAUAGCUUUGAGAGGCAGUUUUACGGUUGUGUCAAGGGUGUUUCAGCUCGUUAAGGUUUCUUCCGGUGGGUUGAUAGUCCCACAUAUUACACUGCCAGCACUCAUGCCAGCAGUCAUGGGAAUCCAGUGUUUUCUCAGGUUGACAGUGCAGAUGAGGACAGACAUAGCCAGAGUCUGA